AUGGAUGACCCUCGCAUUAAAUGGAUAAAAUGCCUUCUUUACAAGUGUUUUUCCCUUAAAGAUGACGAUAUUUUUUCGGAAUUUUUAAAAGAAAAUUCUGGGCUUAAUCUUUCACAACUCGAAGAUUUUUUUGACGCUUUUCCCGAGUUUACUUGUCGCUGUGUUUCUUUUACAACUGAAACUGUCGAGGACAAUGUGUAUGAUGAAGUUGAGAUUUCGGAUGACGAAGUGAAUGAAAAAGAGCAACUUGAUGAAAGCGACAUCGCUCAACCUAUAAGUUUACCGAAAGACCAUGCUGAUGUGCAUUCAGAGACUGCUAGUACAAGUCACGGUAGUCAAAGUUCAGACGUCCAUGAAGACGAUAACUCUAAAAAGAAAAAGAUGGUUCUUCGAACUGUCGAGAGAGUCACUCUUGUUGCUCAUUUCGAUGUCCAGCAGCCUCCAAACACAAAAGCCUGUGUUGUUUUUAUUAACCGUACAACUGCUGAUUUGAUACCAAAAUUUUCUACGUUGGCCGAAGCUAAAAUUAGCUUGCCUCGCCUUCUGGAGAUAACUGUUACUACAGGUGACCGGCUAUCGUCUUUGCAUUCAGUGCUUCAAAAUGUUUACGCGAGACAGUUGGCUUAUAAUCAACAAGAAUAUUUGGAAAUAUUUACUGAGGGAACUGAUCAAAGAGAUUCAACCAUUACACUAUCAGGGAAACCGCAAAUGAAUGGUGAAGACACUGACGUUCUAAACCAUGUUGUUCGGGAUGAAUUUUUGAUAAACCUCCGAAAAUUUAUGCGGUUCGUCUCCAGCACUCUCGAGUUCGUUAUAUCUGAGGAGAAACUACCUGUGCCGGUGCUUGACUUGAAAGAUAAUCCCGAAGAAAACAUGAAAGACGAGAAGCUUAUGGCUGAAAUAGACACAAUUGUUGUCCAGUGGAAUCACCAGGUACGCGAAACGAUCGAAAAACUGCAGUCCCGCAGCCCCGUGGGGCAUGGCCCUCUUGCCGAAAUAGAUUUCUGGCGUGAUCGAGCAAUAUCCCUGACGGCUCUUGUUGAACAAUUCAAUCAACCAGUUGUCAGGAAGAUUCUUUGGCUUUAUGCAUAUAAGGAACAUUUAUCUCCUGCUUCUCAAAACGAACAACUACAUAAUAUGUACCUCGAGGCGAAAGAAAAUGUGAAUGAUGUAACGGAAACACUGAGCCCGCUUAUGCAAGCGCUACAAAUGAUUUGGAUUAUUUCACGACACUAUAACAAAGAUGAGCGAAUGGUUCCACUCUUCGAACGCAUAGCUUGGAGCCUGUGCGACCGGGUUUCAAGAGUUCUUGAACCCUCGAGUUUUUUCUGCCUUAGUGCCGCGAAUAUAAUUAACCUAUCAUCCGAAGCCAAGCUCCUUUUGGAUUCCUGGAAGUCAAUAUAUUUCGUCAAGCGAGCCGAAAUCGAGGCCUCUGGUCGCGAUUCCAGGUGGGAAUUUGACAGGAAAAGACUUUUUGCCAAAACGGACUAUAUCGCAAAAAUUUGUUCCGAUUUCGAAAAUAUCGCUCGAGUCAUUAGCGAAUUUCAAAAGAUAUUCGGACCGGAAGCAAAAUCAGUAAUGCUCGAACACAAACAAAUUGAUGGGAUCCUGUUAAAUGUGGCUACUCUUCUGCGGUCUUUUUCGAAGAUUGAAUUUAACCCCUUUGAUCCUGGGUGUCAGUCCUCCUGGGAUGCCUGUCUUGAAAAAUUCCGACAAGAUGUGGAAAAGAUUAAGACGGACGUCAAAAGCUGUAUAAAUGAUUCCUUUAAAUCAUUGCGGUCAUCACAGGGAGCUUUUGAAAUGCUACAAAGAUUUUCCAGUAGUCAAACAGCGGGAGACAUCGCCUCAGUUUUUAUCGAGAAGUUUCAAGAUGUUCUUGACCAGUAUGAGAGGGAAUUACGGCUUGUGGAAACUACCUUUGACGAAGUGGUUUCAAAUGCCCGAGAACACGAAUUCAAUCUAGGGCCUAAAUAUUUUCCAGUAGUUUCGGGUGCAAUAUCCGUUGAACGUCAACUUUUUAAUCGCAUCAAAGCCCCCAUGGUAGGUUUUGUCGAGACCAAAGAGCUGACCGACACUGAACGGGGAAGACAAAUUCGUGACCGCUACGUCUGUGUGGCACGUCAUAUGAAAAAUUUUGAGGAAGAGCUUUUCGCCGACUGGAAGUUGCGCAUCUCUGAGUACCUACCUGGACUUUUGGAACGAAAAUUGUGGAAAUCGUCAGAUAAUCUGCCCCAAAAACGCCCAUCCAAACCCUCUUUGACACUGGCACGCUUGAGAACUGGAAUAUCAAGUCCAACGACGGACUCAACAUUAACAAAUACUACAAGAUUUGGACCUCUGCUGCCCAUACUCGAUAAGACCCUGUAUUAUUUCCACUUUGAGGUCGACUUCGACGACGCUUUGGAACUCGUAAUUGUCGAAACAAAAUAUCUGGACAAUCUAGGAUUAAUUGCGCCUGAUUUGGCGCGCCACCUGGCUCUUAAUGUACGCAAUACUGCCUGCUUUGUUUAUAUAAAAAAUCAAAAAUGUUGCACGUACAUAUUAUUGCCGACAAAGAUAAAGAAGACUGGAAUGGUUAUUUCUAGCGUAUUAACCGUCAUCAGUCAGUCAUACCCAGCCGCAAGUGGUGCACAACUCGAGGCUCGAACUCACGGGUCGAGUGAGUACUGUUAG